UGUGCGACGAUGGGAUGUUUCGCUGGAAUUUACGGACUAUCAGGAAUAAUGACGUCAUCACUACAGAUAUAUAUCAACUCGCAGAUUACUACGCUGGAAAAACAGUUUGGGUUAAGUUCGACUGUAAGCGGAUUGAUAUUGAGCAGUAACGACAUCGGUUACUUGUUAACCACACUGUUUAUGAGUUAUAUCGCACGUCGGACGCACAUACCUCGAGUUCUUGCGUUAUCUACCAUCUUCUACGGCAUAUCCGGCAUCUUGUGUAGUGUGCCACAUUUUCUGAACGUUGACAGUCAUCGACUCAGUUCCGUUGUAGGCAACGUUACAGUUACGUUAAGUAGUCCGUUACAAAAUGGAGCCUUGUGUGUGAACAGUUCCUUGGGAUUGAACGCAACAGAUCACUGUGCCCUUACGGCUAGUUUAGCCACCAAUGACAAUACAGUACGAACAGUGGCUAUCCUGUUUUUAGCUCUAGGAAUGUGUUUUCAAGGCUUUGGUAAAUCGCCCAGAUAUCCCUUUCUGGCAACAUACGUUGAUGAUAACGUGGAACAAACGAAAACUCCAAUGUUUUUAGGUAUUAUUUCUGGUAUGGGUAUUCUAGGACCAGCUCUUGGCUUUGUUCUAGGUGGAGUCUUCAGUCGAUUUUACGUUACGCUGGAAAAUACCAGCAUGUCCACUAGUGAUCCAAGAUGGAUCGGAGCAUGGUGGUUGGGGUUUCUAUUUUUCGGUAGUAUAGGAAUUAUCGUAGGGACACCGUUGCUGUGCUUUCCCAAGAGAAUGAAAACCAGACCUCGACAUUUGGAUAAAUUGAAAAAGAAAAAGAAAGAUUUGCUGAUUAAAAGAACCUUCUGUACAGAUAUAAAAGAAUUAAUGAAGUCUGUUUUGAGAUUAUUGACGUCGCCUAUCUAUAUUCUAAGUAAUAUGGCGUCCUGUAUUUUGCUGCUUUCCAUCAGUGGGAUGUUGGCGUAUCUGCCGAAGUACCUCGAAUCCCAAUACCGUAUACCAACAUGGAAGGCCAAUGUCCUGUUAGGAACAAUGAAUGUUUUUGGUGCUUCCCUUGGAAUAAUGGUUGGCGGAAUAUUCACCACCAGGUUGAAGCUAAAGCCUCUGACCUGUUUGAAGUUUGUGGUCAUCACAACAGUGGUGUCUAUUGGUCUAUCUUGCUCUGGUUUCUUCUUGGGCUGUGAUCCGCCCAAUCUUCACAUGGGAGUGAAUAGCGAGCUAAUUGCCUCCAACAAUGAGAGUAUAUCGUACAUGACGCCACAUAAUAUGACGUAUAUGAAAGGGGUUUGUGACGUCACGGCAUGUGAUUGCGAUGAUAAGAUGUAUUUUCCAGUGUGUGGUUCCGAUGAUUUGAAUUAUUUUUCACCGUGCCAUGCUGGAUGUAGGAACACAGAUGAUUUGAUAUUCAGCAACUGUACCUGUAUUGGAGAGAAGAAUGCGACGGCUCAGCCCGGGCUAUGUGGUGGAGAGUGUGACACUAUGCUGUGGGUUUAUGUAGCUUUUAAUUUUGUCGCUGCUUUUGCCACAACUUUGACCAUAAUGCCCAGUUUUAUUGUAUACGUCAGGUCGAUAAGGGAAAAGGACAAGCCUCUAGGUACGGGACUGUCUGCAUUUCUUAAUACUUUAUUGGGAUUUUUCCCUGGUGCCAUAGUGUACGGUCGGAUGAUAGACACGACUUGCUUGAUCUGGUCCACCAGCUGUUCCGGCAACGGCUCCUGUAGCUUGUACGAUAGUGUAGAUUUUAGAGUCAAAUACCAUUUACUUUUUACCCUGUGUAGAAUAGCCUGCUCUGGAUUCUACAUCAUUGCCUUGGUGGUGGCUCUGAAGAAAAAACAACCUUUCUACAUCGACUAUGAGACACCUCAGGUGAUAGCCGAAAAAGAAUUAUUCGUUGAUCCCGACAUACGAAAAAAAAAUAUUCUAAAAACAAAGGGAACGAAAGUUUGAUUACAAAAAAUAUUCUAAAAACAAAGGGAACGAAAGUUUGAUUUAAAAAAACAAAGGGACAAUUAUAUGAAAAUAAAAUGGCAGUGUGAACGCCUUUAAUUUGCAUAUUUAACCAAAUUUACACCAUAAUCUGGAUGAUAUAGCGAAGCCAUUUUGAAAAUUUGGAUCGUUAAUAAUAAAGUUAAAAACAAAUUAAAAUAAUUAAAAG